AUGAGGCCACGACCGGCACAGCUUGUCGACUUCUUCGCACGAUCGCUCACCGCGUUCCAAUCGUCGCAGGAUCCGCUGCGAGUGCUGUGCACCCUGCCACACGGCCUCGCGGCGGCAGCAAGCACCACAGCCGCCGCCGCCGCCGCCGGCUCCAGCGCUGGCGAUGCAGAGCCGGCACCACGGCGGCCAACAAGCGGGCCGGUGCGCAGAUUGAUCGUGCUCGACUCGAGCUUCAACCCGCCCACGAGGGCACACGCGCGCAUGGUGCGGUCGGCGGUGCAGGACGCCAAGAGCAGGAGCACGAGCAGGGAUCCCAGAGCGGCGAGAGACGCGACGACGCGGGUCAUGCUCCUGCUGGCGGUUAAUAACGCGGACAAGGCGCCCAAGCCGGCGUCGUUCCCGGUGCGGCUGUGCAUGAUGGAGGGGUUUGCGCGGGAGCUGCUGGGCGGCGACGACGAAGAAGGGGUGUCGACGCCGCCGGGCGUAGGAGAGAAGGAACAAGAUACGAGCCGUCGCCGGCGCCAGGAUGCAGCAGCCGGACUGGAAGUGGACCUGGCGGUGACGACGAUGCCGUAUUUCCACGACAAGGAGCGGGCUAUUGACGCAAGCGGUUUCUACGGACGGGGGGGAGACGAGGCUCCGGAGCAAGUCUUUCUGGCGGGCUACGACACGCUGAUCCGGAUCUUCAACCCAAAGUACUACCACGACCAUCAGGACCACGACCACCACGACGGUGACGGCAGUCAGGAGGCUUCCGGAGCGGCGUCGGCAGCGGGCGGGCACGCCAAGCAGCAGCAGAAGAAGACGGCGAUGCAGAGGGCACUGGACCCCUUCUUCGCGACGGCGCGGCUGCGUGUGUCGACGCGGCUGGACGACGAGUGGGGCGGGCUGGAGGAGCAACGCGAGUACGUGCGCGGGCUCGAGGGCGGGAGGCUCGACGCCGUGGGCGGGAGGGGUGCGUGGGCGCGCAGGGUGGACGUGGUUUCGACUAUGGACGGCGACGACGACGACGAGGCGGGGGGAGAAGAAGAAGAAGAGAUGAUGCGGCGGAUGGAGGGCGUGAGCAGCUCCAAGGCCAGGGAGGCGGUCAAGGAGCGGGACGGCGAGGGGCUGGAGAGGCUGGUGGACGGGGAGGUGCGGGCGUGGAUCGAGAGGGAGAAGCUAUAUCGUGAUUGA